AUGAUGACAGCAAACGGCGGUCAGCCCUCACCUCCAGUGGCUUCGCCUCCCUCUGCGGAUCCGAGCGCACGUCGCCAGUCGCCGUCAUCCUCUCCUCUCGCGGCCUCUCCCUCGUCUUCUUCUUGUCCGUCUUGCUUCGGAUUCUCGUCCUGCACCUCCUCUGCGUCGUCGUCGCUUCCUCCCUUCCCUGUGUCGUGGCCUCACGGGACUCCAUUUUCUUUCCCCCCUCCGUCUGCUGCUGCGUCGCCCGCUCCGGGGCUGCCCGGCAGCAACCGGCUCUUCGCGGCUGCCUCCUCGCCGAGCUCUGCAGGGGCGCCUCGGGCGUCCUUCUCCUCUUGCGCCUCCUCCGCAGCCUCCUCCGCAGGCUCGCCCGCAUCGCAUCUGAUCUACUUCCCGCCUCCACUCGUCUGCCCACCGUCCGUCGCGCCUUUCGCACGUGGCGACACGCCGCCCGGACCCCUGGGUCCCGCCGGCCUCGCAGAGCCGCAGGCGGAGGGCUGCGGCUCUGCAGAUCGGAGCCGCGGACGCCCAAGAGACGUCGGCGAUGAGGCGCGACGGUCUGCGGACGCCUCGCAGGCGCGGGAAGAUGGCGAGCAUGUCGACGCGCGGCGCGUCGAACGGGAGCGGAAGGACGAGACGGAAACAGGGGGAGACGGAGCCCAGCUCCAGGAGGGCUCAGGGAGCAGUCCGCACAGCGUGCGGAAGCCCAGGGAUUGCGAGGCGGCCGCUGCGCCGUGGGGGUCGUCCGCUUCUUCGCACCCCGCAGAUCCCCAGGACCGCAUUCGCUGUGUGCCUUUGAAUGAGGUGUUUCCUACUCCGCAGGAGCAGGCCUCGUACGCGUCGACGAUAGCCGACGUGUACGCGAGGCAGCUCGAUAUGUGGUACUGGUACGCGCGCCAGCUGUCGAUGCAGCUCGAUCUGGUGCGCCUCUCCUCCGCAACGCACGCAAGCAAUCUGCUUGCGGGCUUCGCGGCUGACGGCAGCGACGUGCUGCUGAAUCCGGCCGGUGGGGUCCUCGGCGACGGCUUCGCAGCGCCGCUGGGGGCGUCGCUUCUAAGCGUCGGAGCAGGGCCUCUCGUGCCGCCUACCGAGACGCCCGCGAGCCCUCCCAGCCCGAUCGACGCCAGCACAAGCAGUCGCAUGGGCGGCGUCGGCGCCGUCUUCCGUCUCUGUGGGCUUGAGUUCCGCUUCGGGCGCAACCCCGGUGCCCAAGGAGCCGGGCCCAACCCCUUGGGGUUCACUCCACCGGACGCCGUCCCCGGAGAGGCCGGCACCGCGGAAGGCGCUCGUGGUAGCGCCCAGGCUUCAGCCGCCACCAGUCGACAGGCGUCCAGCCCUGGAGGGGCUCAGGCAGCGAGCUCGUUAGACGGGCGCGCAGGCGAGGCCGAGGGAGAAGAAGAAGCGGAGGCAGCGGCCGCCGUGAACAAUGCCUGGGAUCAGUACAACAUUGGUGUGUUUGUGAAGCUACUCCUCCUCCUCUUUCUUUUCGACGCGGGCAGAGAAGUCUACAUCGUCACGCUGCUUUCGCUUCUCCUGCAUGUGAACGGCUUCUUCGACCCUCUCAUCAUGUGGAUGCGGCGAAACAGCCACACACAGCCCCUCGAAGUGACGCUGGCGCGCCUGCGUCAUCGGCAAGAACGCCGACCUCUUCGCGCGCUUCAACGGCGGCAGCGGGAGCUGCGAACGGCUACGGACUUCCGUCAACGCGAAAGAGGUGGCGGGCCGUCUGCGGAGGAGGCGCAGAACCCUGAGUCGCAGCAGUCUCCUACUUCGGCCGCAUCUUCGUCUUUUUCCGUGGGAGAAGCCAACGAGGGAGGUGCGGGGAUUCGGCGGCGUGUGCCGUCGCCGGAGACGGGGAUGGACGAGGGGCGAAGCGCGGGCAGGCAGGAGGCGCAGGGCGGCGAAGGUGGGCGGCAAGCCCAAGAGAGCCCUAGGCAGCGAGAAGCUCUUCGGCCGACGUAUUUCCAACGUGUGAUCUACCAGGGCAUUGUCAUGUUUUUCUUCACUUUCCUGCCGUGGUGGAACCCCGACCCCGUGUUCCUCGAGCCAGAGGAGGAGGACGAAGAAGAAUCCGAGUGGCCUGGAGGGCGGCCGGAAGACGGUGGCCAAGAUGAUUUUGGAGAAAGAGUGCAUGGCGAGUGA